AUGGUCGCUAAAGGCGAGUAUCAGGUUAUUCAGGGCCGUAUUAAUGACCUUGCUUGGGAUGCUGAUAGUCAGAGAAUAAUUGCUGUAGGAGAUGGCAAAGAAAAGUACGGCCAUUGUUUCACAGCUGAUUCUGGAAAUACAGUUGGAUCUAUUGCUGGUCAUUCUGCAGUGGUCAAUGCUGUAUCAAUUCGUCCCGUGCGUCCAUAUAGAGCAGUUACUGUAGGAGACGAUGCUCGUUUAGUCUUUUAUCAGGGACCUCCUUUCCAAUUUUCCCUUUCUCACCAAGAUAAGCAUACCAAUUUUGUGCAGGAUGCUCAAUUCUCACCAAACGGCGAGUUUAUUGUAUCAGUCGGCUCUGACCGUAAAAUCGCACUUUACGAGGGAAAGACUGGUGAGUUUUUGUCUUUUGUCGAAGACGAAAGUAAUGGUCACAAGGGCAGUAUUUUCUCGGUAGCUUGGUCACCAGAUUCGUCGAAAUUUGCUACCGCAUCAGCUGAUCAAACUGUCAAGUUGUGGAGUGUGGCUGAUAAGAAGGUCCUGAAAACUUGGUCUUUUCCAGCUGGUUUGGAGAAUCAUCAAGUCGGAGUUGUAUUUGCUGGUGAGUAUAUUAUUUCUCUUUCCUACAGUGGUGAUCUCAACUAUCUUCAAGAAUCUUCUGACAAACCAGUCAAAACAGUGACUGGUCAUCAGAAGACUAUUACUAGUUUGGCAUCGUCUGGACCUUCGAAGCCUUUGGUCAGUGGUUCUUAUGACGGCAAGAUUGUCCACUGGGAUGCCUCUGACAUCACAGCCAGCAGCUCUGUUCAUUCUCAUGAUGGACCAGUUGUUGGAAUCGUGUCAGAUGGAGAACAUCUUUGGUCGGUAGGAUGGGAUGACACGCUUAAACGGGUUGGUUCAGAUUCCUCCGUCUCUCUAUUUGGUCAGCCUAAGGCUGUUGCUUCAGGUUCAGAUGGAAUUAUUGCCGUUGUUGGUGAGAGUUACAUUCAAGUUUUUGACAAUGGUAAGCAGCUGGCAUUCAACACCUCGCUUGAGUUUCCAGCUCAGGCUGUUUCUGUUAGCAAGUCACUUGUCGCAGUUGGGUCUUCUGACAAUUCCAUUCACUUGUUCAAUCGCGAUUUAAGUGUGUCAAAUAGUGUAAAGCUUGCUCCUCUGCGUUCUGCUGUUACCUAUUUAGCCUUUUCUCCUGAUGGUGAGUAUCUCGCUGCUGGAGACGCAUCUGGUAAAAUCACCUUGUACAGCAUUCCUGACCAGUCUGUGGUUACUGGCAGAUGGGCCUUUCACACAAGUCGUGUGACCAGUAUUCACUGGCACCCAUCGGGUAGCCACGUCGUUGCUGGCUCUGCUGACACCAAUAUCAUUAUCUAUUCAGUUGCCAAUCCUGGGAAGAAUAUCAAGUACCUUGGUGCGCACAAAGACGGCAUCAACUCUGUCCUUUGGACAUCUGAUUCGACUUUUGCAAGUGCCGGAAACGACGCUACCGUCAAGCGCUGGAGAGUCACUCUGUAA